CAGUGGCCCGGCAGAAACCGGAGCACUAAACUUGGACUCGAGGUGGGGCAUUAGCCUUUUGGGGAGCUGGGGAAAGCAAAGAGGAAGAAAAGAGGAAACUCAAGUGUGCCUGCUGCCCAAGGAAGUGCAUCGAGGAGAGCUUGGGACGGCUGUUCUCAGUGAAGGACCUUGCACUCGCUACUGAGUAGCGACCAUGGGCCUGCUCGCGUUCCUGAAGACCCAGUUCAUCGUGCACCUCCUCAUCGGGUUCGUCUUCGUGGUGAGCGGGCUCACCAUCAACUUCCUCCAGCUAUGCACACUCGCCCUCUGGCCCAUCAACAAGCAGCUCUACCGCCGGCUCAACUGUCGCCUCGCCUACUCGCUGUGGAGCCAGCUGGUCAUGCUCCUGGAGUGGUGGUCCGGCACCGAGUGCACCCUGUUCACGGACCAGGCCACCAUCGACCAGCUGGGGAAGGAACACGUGGUCAUCAUCCUCAAUCACAACUUUGAGAUCGACUUCCUCUGUGGGUGGACAAUGUGUGAGCGGUUUGGCGUGCUGGGGAGCUCCAAGGUCCUCGCUAAGAAGGAGCUCCUCUACGUCCCUCUCAUUGGCUGGACGUGGUACUUCCUGGAGAUCGUGUUCUGUAAACGGAAGUGGGAAGAAGAUCGGGAGACCGUUGUGGAAGGGCUGAAAUGCUUGUCCGACUACCCCGAGUACAUGUGGUUCCUGCUGUACUGCGAGGGCACGCGCUUCACCGAGACAAAGCACCGUGUCAGCAUGGAGGUGGCUGCCGCCAAGGGGCUGCCCCCCCUCAAGUACCACCUGCUGCCUCGAACCAAGGGCUUCACCACCGCAGUGCAGUGCCUCCGGGGGACAGUCACCGCUGUCUACGAUGUCACACUCAAUUUCAGAGGGAACAAGACCCCGUCCCUGCUGGGCAUCCUGUACGGGAAGAAGUACGAGGCUGACAUGUGUGUGAGGAGGUUUCCUGUGGAAGACAUCCCGCUGGAUGAGAAGGAAGCCACGCAGUGGCUGCAUAAACUGUACCAGGAGAAGGAUGCUUUACAGGAGCAAUAUAAUCAGAAAGGUGUAUUUCCAGGGCAACAGUUUAAACCUGCCAGAAGGCCGUGGACCCUCCUGAACUUCCUCUUCUGGGCCACCGUUCUCCUGUCUCCUCUUUUCAGCUUUGUCUUGGGUGUCUUCGCAAGUGGAUCCCCCCUUCUGAUCCUUACGUUUUUGGGGUUCGUUGGAGCAGCAUCCUUUGGAGUCCGGAGACUGAUAGGAGUGACUGAGAUAGAGAAAGGCUCCAACUACGGAAACCAAGAAUUUAAGAAAAAGGAAUAAUUGAUGACUACGAUCGAACACGCAUAACUGAUGGUGGUAUCCAAUUAACUCAAUUAAAAACAGAACAACACACAGAGCAAGAGAAAAGAGAGAGAGAGGGAGAGAGAGACUUAGAAACUAUUUUUCUUAUUAACUGGUGACUAAUAUUGACAAAUAAAACUUGAGCCAAGAGUGAAGCGCCCAGAGGGACAGACAGAGAGGCAGGCCUGCCUGCUGGGGCGGCCUGAGUGGCCCCUGGGACUGAGGCGGGCUGCUAGGAGGGGGGGUGGCGGUGGCCUGCUUGGGGGAGGUAGUCCCAAGCAUCAGUCUUCUGUGGAGGUUCGACUUUCAAGAACUCUGUUUGCGAGAGGGGGCUCUGGAUGCUUCCUCUUCUUAAACUUAGAUCUAGUUUUCGGUUUUUAUCCCUUCAGGACUCACCCUCUCCCCUCCUCUGCCCGCACCCUCCACCCCACCCCCAAACUGUCUCUCAAUGAAUUUUCUGCUGUCCUCUCAGGGACAGAGUCUAGUGGGACCCAGAGCCCCACAGGUGCGUCCUGUGCUGUUGGCGGUGGGCGGUGGGGGGUGGGGGCCCUCUUAGUGAUAAGCACAUACGAAUGUAAAUUGGAGGGACUCCAAUUGAUCAAACCCAAUUUAACCUUCCCACCCUGCCCUGGGGCUCAGCAGACAGCUGGGCCCUGUCUGCCUUCCAUCACUGCCCCAUUCCGUGCCUCUCCUCGCUGCUGUAAACCCCUGAUUCUGUUUUCAAACCAAGAAGCUGGGCCGGCUCCCCCCUGUCCCCCCCCCCAUCUCUUCCCAACUGUGAUGUGCAGGCCCUUGGUCCCCCUGCACUGGGUCCUGAGGAAGCCACGCUGGGCCAGACAGGGUGACCUAGAAGAGCUGCAUGCCAGGGCGGGGCAGGUAAGCACCUGCACAGACAUCCUCCAGCCCUGUCCUGGCCCACAGGCCCUGGCCUCAGCGGGACUCUGCAGAAGGCUUCUAAGAAGCAGUGAGAGAAGAGACUGUCCAGGCUGGCUCACAGAGACGUCUUUUUGCUCCUGGGUGAGGUGCCGGCCACCCGUGGCUGCCCUGUGCAGAUUAGCAGCUCUGAGCAGUCUCCCUCCCUCAACCCCGUCCUCUGUCCCCGCUGGAGAUGUUACUGGACGUCCUGCCAGGGACGGGGGUGGCCAUGCCCAGCAUCCAAGGGCCACAUGUGUUCUUUGUGCUGCUUGCUUGUACCCACCCUGUGGUCUCUGGGGGGCUUCCUUCCAAAGCACCAGGGAAAAGGGGGGCUGCGCGGGGCUCCCACACACCCGGAAUGUGCGCUUUGUAGGGUGGGGAGCUGCGAGGUGCAGCUCAGCCGAAGGGAAGCGUGUCUAAGGCCCUCACAGUCUCCCUGCCCCUCAGCUGGGCUCCGCUCACUCCAGCACUGUCCCCACCCACGUUCACCUUGUUUUCUCUGAACCUUCCCCGUGCUGCUGUUUUUAAGUCACACACUGGCCCUGUCUAGCGAGGGACGCAAAGACUGGGCGCUCUCUCUGACGUAGCCCAGCCAGCCAGGGGAUGCAAAACGCGGAAAACAGAGGCCUGGGGGAAAUUUGAAACUAAAUUGAAAAAGACAAAGCAUCUGUGCCCCGGCCCCUGCAACUUGGUAGAGGAAGUUGGGGAACCCGGGCAGAGGGCUGUCACCGAUGCUCGCCCCCUCCCGGAGGUGAAUGAGCAGUCUUCUCCAUGGGACCACAGCCAAAGCAGGGCCCAUCGAAGCCGAGCUCCACCACAACGCUACUUCACAAGCCCACCCUCUGGCUUACGUCCAACCUCCCAGCCCCGCAGCCCCCCACCCCACCUCACCGCAAGGCAGCGGCAUAGCCACCAUCGCCGCAGACCCCUUCCAGAAGGGCCUUCCGUCUGGACACUUGUCCAGUGUGUUUUCCCAUCCCUGCCGCUAGCUGAUUCUCACCUACCGAGCUGUUGUAAAGGGGACAUGUUGAAAAGUACUGCUACAUGGAGGGUGUUGCUUAGGUCUUUUGCCCAUCGAAUUUGAACAGUUUUUGUUUCCCCGGAUGCUGUCCCACCCCCACCAAAAGGAAUAAUAGAUCAUGUGUGACCCCAUGUGAAGUCCGUGAACAAGGGUUCCACGGGUGGAAGUGGCAGUUGAGACAAUCGACAAUCUCGCGACUCCUCUGAUCUAAUGCAGCUUCGCGUGUGCAUCUGAAUAGCAAGCCCUUUGAGAGCAAUAAAAACAAAACCUUGAA